AAGCAAGGAAGGUCACUAAAGUGCAAAAAGUGGCUAAACCACGGCUAGCAAUUGAGAUACAAAAAUCGACAAAUGAGACGGGUAAACAAGGCGAAAACAGCUGCUGUGGGGAGGUGGACGGGGUAACCGUUAGUCAAGUGUUAGUGUGUCUGUAGGUGAGCGUGGAUUGGCGUCAUUUGCUCGUGUGUAUGUAGUUUAUUAGGACAUGCAAACGAGCAGUUCCAAUUACAAUGACAUGCACUCAUCUAUUCGAAACGACGUUCCUAGAAACAAGUUCCUUCGGGAUGGGUUAACAUGCUGAAUAAGGUACACUGUCUAACAAGAUUUAUCGCAGCAUUGCGAAUUCGAUGGCCAGUGUACGCGGCACCAACACACGGACAGUCUUGUGUUUUAUGCGCAACAGCUGAUAUCGCUUUACUAUGUAAGUGAAGCUGCCUUUAUAAAUGCAGUGAUCACCUGCUACGGUGGGGCAAUGAGCACAUACAUACGUACAUAGGUGAUUAGGUGUUCUCUAUUUUGGGAGAGCACCGUAUCCAAAAGCAUAGCCUAUAUUCUCAAGCUUAACCAGUUUCGCUCUUGUACGAUUGUGUUUGUUUUAUGUCAGCUGAUGUCAUUGGGUUAGGAAAUAAACAGGAGAAAAAAAGCAAGUCUCCAAGUCUCCCGCGUUCUAAAAAGCAAAAGCCAAUGAAUAUGACUACACAAAUAUGGCAAAAAUGGAAUUGCAGUGAACUUGGCAGCUGAUCGAACCGCGUCAUAGGCAAAAAGAGAACAAAGAAGAUCGAAUAGAGAGGAAAAAACGGAAAGCAUUCGGAGAGGGCGGGGCGGAGAAAUUCUAAUCAGAAACAAAUCAAUUAGCCACCGCAGGUGAAUGGACGCAAGAGGGUAAAACAAAAAACAGUUCUAUAUUAUCAUUCGGGGCACUUCCUUUGAUAAGUACUCAGGGCCCAAACGUUGAUCAGCCUUUCAAGGAGAAUUUGGUAUAUACUAAAUGCAUUGAUGAUCAAUUUAUUAUAUAUUGUACAACCUUUGGAUGUUUUUUUAGUUUAUCUGCAAUACGCAAGAUUUUUAAUCGAUCUCGUUUAUUCAAUAAAAAGGUAAUCAUAAACACGUUAGUUCACAGUAUUUUAUAUUAUUAUACAAAUUCGUACCUGAAUAAUUUACAAAAAUAUCACUUUUUGGGUUGAAAACAUCCAAUACUAAUACAAUACUAACCAUCGAAAUUACUUGAUUUGAGUAUAUUGCCAAGUAUAGUUUUAGUAGAAAACUUUUAAAAUGAAAAAUUUAAAUAGGUCAUGAACUCAUGGUGACCUUGGUAAAUUACGUGAGCCUUAAGUUAACCUUUAUCUUUUCCAAGUUAUUAGCUUACUCAGCAGGUUUAUUUUAACUCUACUUUCUCGAUGUGAUAUGAAUGAUUUUGUGAGAGUCACCAUUGUCUUUCGGUUUGCUGUUAUUUAUUUGAUAACCUACAGUCGUAAUUUCUUAAUGCAAACGACCGCAAAUGCACUCCUGACUGGUGUGUAAAUUUAUUUUCGAUGCCCCUUGUAAAAAGAAAUGCAAACGUGUGCGUUUAUUUUUUCUUAAUCACUGCGUUUGUUUACCAACAACGCAAAAACAAAAACAACUUCAAACGACCAACAAACAAAGAGACCUCAACGCGCUAUCGCAUAACCUUGGGCCCCAUUUUAGCGAUGUUACGCCUUUGGCGGGAACUAGUUUCGGUUUCAAGAGAACAAAUAGCAAAGUCAGAAAGAGACACAACAACAGCACGUGUUGCGCUCGCACAUGAGACUGUUGUGAAAAGCUUAUCUCUUUGAGCGUGCUUUCAAGCCAACUAUAAAUAUGUGCCAAAAAUCGAACCAAUAAUAUGCAGAAAAACUUUGGGAAGAGUGAAAAUCGGGUUUUAAAUGUGGCGCUCAAAAGUACGACCCACCAAAAUCCAAACAACUUAAAAGAAUUUCAAACAUCUGGCAGCGCUCUAAGGUACUCGAAUAUGGGCACACUCAAUGAUACGGCAUCGCUGACAUUGAAAAGGCGAGAAUUAAACGAUAAUUGAUUGCAGUUUGCAAUUAGAGUGAGAGAGUGCAUGGGUAAAAAUCAAUACGAGGAACAACAGCAGCGAUGGAGCAGCGCGCCAACUUCCUGGCUCUGACCCUUCUGGAUGCUCUGGAGGAUGAGAACGAGGCGGACAUCUUGUCGAUGCUGGAGCGAAAUAGCGUAAACGCCAGUAUCGUGCCCUGCGAUCGUGGACUGUCUCCCUUGCACUAUGUGUGCGGCAUGCGGAACGGUGACCUGGCCCAGAGGAUCCUCGAGCGGUUCCUAGAGUGCCCCGAUCUCGACGUGGACGCCCUGUGCGAUGGCCAGACCACUGCUCUACAUAUAGCCAGCAUUUACGGCCGGGUAGAACUGGUGAGGAUGCUUCUGGAGCGCGGCGCUCGCGCUGAUCUGGCCGACGAGGAGAACAAGCUGCCGGUGCACUACGCCAUCGAGGAAUGCCACUUCGAGGUCCUGCAGCUUCUACGGGAUCACAUCUUUCGGGAGCGGCAGCGCCAGAAAAAACAAAAGCAGCGAGUUCAGGUUGUCGACGCUCUAACUCCGAAUCAGCAGAGGUACAACCAUGAUGUUACUUCCCCCUACUAUAUCAAUAUCACCCACAGGCGGCAUAAGCCGCAGCCAAAGUUUCCGGAUCUGCCGCAAUUCCAAAGCGCCGAUAUUCCCCCUUUGCCAGAAGAGGAGUCUGUGAAUCUGUUCGCCUUGACUGAAGCCCAUCUCACGCAGCUCAUCCAGAGCCAAAAGGAAAAUCAAUCGGAGGAUGCCAAUCAGCCAAAGCGGCGCACGCUAAUCGAAAGCUGGCGCGAGAAGGUGGAACGCUCUCGCGCCCGUCAGUCCCUACUUCAUCAGUACGAUGAGCAUGUAGAGUCGUUGGUAGAUGAGGCACUCGGUCAGGAAGACUUCAGCUACGAGCAGCACCUACAACAUCAGUUGAGAGCCGAGGACAAUAAGAAUGAUCAGGCAGGGGAUGUGCCCUGCACUGGCCGCCAAGUAUUCGAGUUGCUGGUGGAGCAGGUCUCCCAAGCGGUAGUCGUUGAGCCGGAACCAGAGCACAGUUUCUUCACAGCACAGGGUGAGGAAGAAAGCGCGUCGGAAAAUUCUCCGCGCCGGGAUGAGUACUUCCUUCAGAUCAAAGAGGCCUAUGUUCACACUGACGACGAGAACGGCUUAGUUUUUUAUGAGGCUAAGUUCCUACAAAACAGCGAGGGGAGGGAGCCCGCGGAAGCUCCUCCCAAAGAAAGGAAGCCCGAUCUGGACAGCACAGUGAGCACAAAUCAUACGCUCCCACUUGAUUAUGAAACUGAUGCCCUGCGCCGGGAGCUUACCCAAAUGGGUGCUCCAGUGGGUCCCAUUACAAAGACAACUAAGCGGCUGUACAUAAAGCAGCUAAUAAAGUACAAGCGAAAUACAGAGGCUUUGCAGGCUGCCCAGAAGCACGCCCAAGAGGCUCAGAUCCGGUACUCCGUGGAGCUGCAUCGUACUCUCCGGUCGCCUGAUGAUUUUGCCAGGAUCAGCCAGUAUUUGCCCCACGAGGCAUCGUCGGCCGCACAUUUUGCUAAAUGUGGUGUUCACAAAAAAAACCUGCGUGAAGGCCAUCUUAAACAGAGCUUCCUCUACAUGUUGAUCGAUCCCCGCAUCUCACGAAACCUUCCCGGGGAGAGCGCUUUCCUCGAAAAGUUUGAGGUGUGGCAGCGUUUUCUUGACUCCAUUUUUUACGUGGGCAAGGGCAAGUCCUCACGCCCUUACGCCCAUCUCUACGAUGCCAUGCGCCAGCAUACACGGCUUCAUCAGAAGCGGGAGAAGGAAAAGCCACACAGGGAACGCGGUGGAGGAUUUCGAACACUACAGCCAGAUGUUUUCCGCUCCCCUCCACCAGCAGAAGGCAAGAUGGGAAGCCGGAAACUGGAGCGCAUCUUGGACAUUUGGCAACAUGGCAGCGGAGUCGUAUGUCUGCACGUAUUUCACAAUAUCUUGCCUAUAGAUGCGUACACCCGUGAGGCUUCCAUUAUAGAUGCCUUCGGUCUAACACACCUGACCAACCUGAAGCGUGGAGAUUACUACGGCCCCGCCCAAUCAUGGACGAUGAAACAGAAGAAGCAGCUGGGCAUAGCACUGCUUCUCAAGGCCAUGCACAUUUAUCUGGCGGAGGGAGAGUCACAGCUGUCGCCUAGCGACCUUCUCUGAAAAAGUAACUAAAUGGGAAUCGAACAGGAUGGAAUACAACCUCGCAAUUAGCACCAAGUACAAAGUGCAGCGGCGCAAUUUAUAUAUGUUCAAAGCUUGAUCUCAAGAUUGUUUAUAGUUAAAAAUUGGAAUAGGGAUAGAGAGAUAGGAUAAAAAAGCAAAAUUGGUUAUAAAAUAAUUGUUCGGUUCAAAUCGAAGCAUGAAAAUAUUACGGUACCAUUUUAAAAGUUUACGGGACAAGCUCCUUGAAUCUUUUGAAUCGCUUUUCGGAGGGUAGUCUUAAGAAUUCAGCAUGCAGAUUCGUUUCAAGUAAUAAAUGUUUACCAUUCGAA